UUGAGGGCGAGCCCAAGGAGGAGGUGGCGUGGCCUGGAAUUCCCAGAAUUCCCAAAAAUUCAUGGCACUCAGAAAAAUUUCCCAAAGUUCCUGGAAGAUUUCCCAAAAUUCCCCAAAAAUCCCUGGGAUUCCGAAGCAUUCCCGGAGCGGGAAAUGGCACCUGAGGUGGUGGGAGUCGGGGAUUUGGGAUUUUGCUUCCUGGUGGAUUUUCCAGGUUUUUCCUUGGAUUUGCCAAAUUUUCCUGGGAAUUGAGCCCUGGGGGGUUUUGGGGCUAAUGGAUCAUUCCCAGCUCUGGGAAUUUUGGGAAUCUCCAAGAUGCAAUUCCCACAUUUUUGGGGUCUUUUCCCAGCGGCAAAAAUCCAUUUUUGAGGCCGGAUCCUAUGGAUUUCCCCAAUUCCCAGCGGGAAUUCUGGGAAUUCUGCGAAUCUCCAUUCUCCAACAAAUCCCAAUCCGAAACCCCCCAAAAAACUUCGGAAAAACCCCAAAAUUCCCCAAUUCCCGUCCCAAAACCCCCUCUCUUAAAGGGCCAGCUCCACCAACCCUCAAACCGCCGCCUCUCCCGGCGUUCCCGAGGGGUUUUCCCGGGAUUUUCCCGCCAUUCCCGGAUUUUUCCCCGCAGGUCAAGAGCUUCCUGGAGACGCAGAAGGCGCUGCUGGCCGAGAUCCAGAACGGCUGCAAGCGGAAUUUCAUCCUGGCCAAGGAGAAGGAGGAGAAGGAGCAGCAGCUCCAGCACUCGGCCUCCAUGCCCGAGAUCUCCGGCAGCGAUCCCGAGCCCGGAAUUCCCGAAGGAAUUCCCGGAAUAAUUCCCGGCGGCGCUUCCCCAGCCCCGGAGGAGAACGGCAACGCCGCCCCGGCCGGCGAUUCCAGCUCGGACACGGAGGAGGAGGAGGAGGAGGAGGAGGAUGGGAAGGACUCGAGGGAGGUUGUGGAAUCUGGGAAUUCCGGGAAUUCCGGGAAUGGCGAGCGCAGGAUUUCCGUCUCCAGCCCCGGCAGAGGCCGCAAGAUCUUCGUGGUGACGCGGGUGGAGAACGUUCCCGAGGGAUCCGGGGUCGCUCCCGAGGGAUCCGGGACCGUUCCCGAGGGAUCCGGGGUCGUUCCCGAGGUAUCCGAGGUCGUUCCCGAGGGAUCCAGGAUCAUUCCCAAGGAACCUGGGACCGUUCCUGAGGGAUCCGGGGUCGUUCCCAAGGAAUCUGGGACCGUUCCUGAGGGAUCCAGGAUCAUUCCCAAGGAACCUGGGACCGUUCCCGAGGGAUCCGGGGUCGUUCCAAAGGAAUCUGGGACUGUUCCCGAGGGAUCCGGAGAUGCUCCUGAGGGAUCCGGAGCCGUUCCCGAUGGAUUUGAGACUUUUCCUGAAGGAUCCAGGAGCGUUCCCGACGGAUCUGGCGCUGUUCCCGAUGGAUCUGGGACAAUUUCUGAUGGACCUGGAGCCGUUCCUGAUGGAUCCGAGGUUGUUCCCGAUGGAUCCGGGGCCGUUCCCGAUGGAUCCGGGACAAUUCCCGAUGGAUCUGGAGCCGUUCCCAUCGGAUCCAGCGUUGUUCCCGGCGGGUUUGGUGCCGUUCCCGAUGGAUCUGGGGUUGUUCCCGAUGGAUCCGGGGCCAUUUCCGAUGGAUCCAACGCUGUUCCUGCCGGAUCCGGGGCCGUUCCCGGUGGAUCUGGGGUUGUUCCCGAUGGAUCCAGCGCUGUUCCAGAUGGAUUUGGAGCUGUUCCCGACGGAUCCGGGGCUGUUCCCGAUGGAUUUGGAGCUGUUCCCGACGGAUCCGGGGCUGUUCCCGAUGGAUUUGGAGCCGUUCCCGACGGAUCCGGGGCCGUUCCCGAUCUGCGGCCGCGCCGGGCCGGCGCCUCCGAGGGAAUUCCCUGCGGGAGCCCCUCCCGGGAUUCUCCUCUUCCCAACGGGCUCAAGGCGGAUUUCGCCCGGGCGCUGCCGGAGCCGGGCCCAGAGGGCGACGGGAAAUCGGGAAUGUGCGCGGCCGAGCACGAGCUGAGCUGCUCCCGGAACGAGCAGGAGCUGCAGGAGCUGCUCCUCGAGGCCAGCCAGGACACGGCUCCGGAGCCGCUGUGACCGCAGGUCCUGGAGGGGGAGGCUCCGGAGCUUUCCCCUCUCCCCAACUCCGCACAAGAUUCCAACCAAACCUCGGGAAUUUCGGGACUUUUCUUGGGAAAAGGAAAACACGAAACAC